GAAUCACACUUCAAACUUCUCUGUAUUGGAGGAACUUUCCUCAUCAUUCCUUCCUUUUAUUUAUUUAUUAUCUGCCGUUCAAAACUGGAACGCUUCGCUAAUGCGUUCAUACAUAUUUCAUUCCAAAGUAUAUAUUUUAAUAUUUUUCUAAAGUUAGUCUCAGACUCUUAGUCUGAGUCUGAACUAAAUAACCACCUGGAAAACCUAUUGUCUUGGCUUAUACAACUUUUCUUAUUGCACUGCACUUGAAGAUUUCUAUUCUGCUAUUUCGGUCCAUUCCAAAGACUGAAUACUAUUAUUAUAUCCUGUUUGAAUAGACCAAAGCAACUUUUGCACAAUAUUACAAUUUUCGAAACCAAAAGUAUUUUUUUAACGAAUAGUACGAGAAUGGCAGGUUUGAAUUCUUUGGACGCUGUGAAGAGAAAAAUCCAGUGUUUGCAACAGCAAGCCGACGAUGCAGAAGACCGAGCCCAGGUUUUACAGAGAGAACUGGAUGGGGAACGAGAACUUCGGGAGAAAGCGGAGGGUGAUGUGGCGGGUCUGAACCGCAGGAUCCAGCUGGUGGAGGAGGAGUUGGACCGGGCCCAGGAGAGGCUGGCCACUGCGCUGCAGAAACUGGAGGAGGCCGAGAAGGCUGCGGACGAGAGCGAGAGAGGCAUGAAGGUGAUCGAGAACCGGGCCUCCAAGGACGAGGAGAAGAUGGAGAUGCAGGAGAUGCAGCUAAAGGAGGCCAAACACAUCGCUGAGGAGGCCGACCGCAAAUACGAGGAGGUAGCCCGUAAGCUGGUAAUCCUUGAGGGAGAACUGGAGAGAGCUGAGGAGAGGGCCGAGGUCUCAGAACUUAAAUGCAGUGAUCUGGAGGAGGAGUUGAAAAAUGUGACCAACAACCUAAAAUCCCUAGAAGCCUCAUCUGAGAAGUACUCAGAAAAAGAGGACAAGUAUGAAGAGGAGAUCAAGGUUCUUAGUGACAAGCUGAAGGAGGCUGAGACUCGUGCAGAGUUUGCAGAGAGGACAGUGGCCAAACUGGAAAAGUUCAUUGAUGACCUGGAAGAUGAACUUUACGCUCAGAAGCUGAAGUACAAGGCUAUCAGCGAGGAGCUGGAUCAUGCCCUCAAUGACAUGACCUCCUUGUAGACAUUUCUUUCUGCUGGCCUCCUGCUCCCUCCAGGGUGUCUGUUCUCUCACCCUUCCCACUUUAGGCUAUUGUGUCCUGAGGUUAGCCUCUUGAAAUACCCUUUCUCCUUUUCUCUGUGCCUUCUGUCCAUCUCACUGUGUAAUGAAACUCAUUAAAAGCUAACUAUCUCAAAUAUCCUUUCUUCUUUAAUUAAAAAGUUCUGAUAUUACAAUCUUUAUAAUGGGAUAAACAACUGUUUUAAGAAGGUGAGAAUUUAUGGAGUGUGGCAUGCAGUCACACUGAGUGUCCCUCACAUCCGUUUUACAUAACAUUUGUCGUGCAACUCCAUACAUUACUGUCAUCAGUUUUAUAUAUGCAAAUCUGCCUUUUGUUUUGGGUAGUGUUCUUUAGUGUGGUUGUGUUUUGCAUAUGGAACAACUUAACACGAUCGCAGCAGUUACAGUAUGUAAAAUCAAUCAAUCAAUCAAUCAAAUGUAUUUAUAAACCCAGCCUAAAACCCUAAACAGCAAGAAAUGCAGAUGUAGAAGCAUGGUGGCUAGGAAGCAGCUGUUGUACAUCCUGUAUAGGAAUGGCUUUGGAUUCUGUGUAGAAUAUUGUUUACCAAACCUAAGGAGAAUUAAUUCAUAUUAAUCAACUUUGAUGGUCCUGUUAUGUGUGGUUUCA